GAGAAAGUCUAGGGGAAAACAAGGGAGGAAAAACCAGUAGACAAAGCCACGACGGCAAAGAAGAAGUUCAUGUACCAAAUUUUGAUCUUGACCAUGCAAGAAAUCGACGACACCCUGAGCAAGUUGCUGGGUACCAUGGUAUCCGUAUCUUUUCAAACCAUGUUGCAAGCAAGCCCGGGAUUGCUUAAAGGACUCAGGCAAUUACUAACGCUCAGACGCAUAGAGGUAGAAGAGGCUCCGGAACCGAAGGAACAGGAAACGGAGGAGGCUGAGGCACCGCAAGGGGUCGCCAACCUCCAGAGGAUUCCAAGGGAUCUGGAGGACCUAGAAAAAGCCUUUGCGGACAUCCGCUUAAGCCUACCUGACCGAGAAGGCGGCGAGGUCAUGAGGGCACAUCCCGGGACGAAACUCAACUUCCAUGCACUUCCUGUAGGAAAGUUGAAAGUCCAGAUAGGGACCCAUCAUACAAACGCAUUAGUGGACGGAGGUGCGAAAAUUACCCUCAUACGGAGAGAUUUCGCAACGAUUACAAGUUGUACGGUAAACAAGGAAGUGACAGAGAGUAUCCGGGGAGCCGGUGGGGAAAUUCCCUUUGCAGGGUAUGUCACGAAAUGUGCAGUUAAGACAGGAAUCAGGGAGUCGAUCUGGUCAUUUCAGCGGAUGACGGUGAGGGAAGAAAUGAACCAUGACAUAAUCCUUAGGAGACCGUGGUGCGCCAACGUAGAAAUGAUAGGCAUGCACCUGCACGAUGGCACAUACAUGGUAGAUACAGAAGACCCAGUGACCGACCGAGGAGAACUUCUUCGACUCCUUGAGACCGAAGGAGACCCUCUGAAGGGAAAGUUGGCAACUUGGUCACCAACGUUCGAGGAUAGUGCCCGAAAAGGAGCAUUUGCCCGGAUGGAAGGUAUGAGAGAAAGAGUGGAAAUCAUGAUUGAGGAGACCUUUAGCAAAAAGGAAUGGAUCAAGAUGGGUCUACCUCUGAAGAAAAGGAGGCAAGAAGAUGUGGUUCUAGGGAUCAUGGUGGCAGAGAAGGAGCCGGAAGUCGAACUCGGGGCCAGCCUGCCCAAGUCGAAGGAGGGUCGAAAGGAAACACCGGAGGCAACGCUCGAAAUUUCGGACCUGUUACAACUCGUCAAGGCUAUCAAGUACCACAAAGUAGGGGUGGACCCGGCGACGCUUGCCAAAUUCGAGGAUGAGGUCCAAAAGGGUUAAUGUUUGAAUGGGAGGAUAGUCAUUAUUUAACCCCGCGUCGUGGAGAUAGCAAGGCCGAUUCCGACCGUUCAUGUUUUAGA